CGCGCUAAAAUCGUUACGUCACCAUUUUUUUUGUAAACAGAAUGAAAGAUGGCGGAGUCGGGGGAACCCAAGGCAACCUGUACUUUUCUAUUUAAAAAAUCUACCAAAAAAUGCAACGCUCGGAAGAGAAAAGCCAGUGACAGCGACAAAGAUGGCAACAGUGACGAAGACAAGAAUGCCGUCGUCAGAAAAGAAAAAAAGACGGGUUCAGCAAACCCUAUGAUUCAAAGGACAAAAAAAGUAGAGAGAGAGGAGGUGUCAUCUGCUGAAAGUGACGAGGAGAAAGAAAGAAAGAAAGUCACUGUCGCUUACAAGUCCACACGGUCAGCGAAACCAGAGGGGCCAGAUGACAUGGGAGCAACUGCAAUCUAUGAGCUGGACACAGCAAAGGACAAUGAUGCUCAGGCCAUCUUUGAGAGGAGUCAGAAGAUCCAGGAGGAGCUGACCGGUAAAGAGGAUGAUAAGAUCUACAGAGGAAUGAACAACUACAAAAAGCACAUUAAGCCCAAAGACUCCACCAUGGGAAAUGCAUCCUCUGGCAUGGUCAGGAAGGGCCCAAUCCGGGCCCCAGAGCACCUGAGGGCCACAGUGAGGUGGGACUACCAGCCAGACAUCUGUAARGACUACAAAGAGACUGGCUUCUGUGGCUUUGGAGACAGCUGCAAGUUCCUCCAUGACCGCUCAGACUACAAACAUGGCUGGCAGAUUGAGAGGGAGCUGGACGAGGGGCGCUAUGGGGCCAACGAUGAUGAGAACUACGAGGUGAGCAGUGACGAGGAGGACAUGCCCUUCAAAUGCUUCAUCUGCCGAGAGUCCUUUAAGAACCCCGUCAUCACCAAGUGUCGGCACUACUUCUGUGAGACCUGUGCUCUUCAGCACUACCGCAAGUCCCAGCGCUGCUAUGUGUGUAAUGUCCAGACCAACGGCGUCUUCAACCCAGCUAAAGACUUGACAACMUCAGUUGCUCUCUCCAACCCAACCAUGUCUCAUCAAGAGGACAUCACUACUGUAAGCUCCACCAAUCUCCCAACUCCCCCAAUAGGAAACCCUGGUGGGUGAAGUUGGAUAGGCCUCAAAAUACAAAGCACAUACAGCACAGCAUUGUGAAUCAGAUGCCCAUGCACAAAAGCACACAGGGCUUGUGAAUACAUUCACGUUGGCUCCACCCUCACACACAGGCAGAUGGAACGAUCGAGAGCCGUAAC